AUGGGAGACAGCACAAGCACACUAGCAAUUGUACUUGGACGAAUAUGUUCCACUGCAAGAACCCUCAUCGGUCUUGAUGUUGGUGUUGGGGCCAAGGUUGGCAUCUAUGCUGGUGGCAGUGGAGGAAGUUCUAGUGAAGGUGGUGGACGUGGAGUUGUAGCUGGGGACCAUGGUGGUUAUGCCGGUGGAAGUGGUAGCGGUGAAGGUGGUAGAAGCGGAUAUGGUGUAGGAGGGGCACCAGGAGGUAGAUAUGCAGGUGGAAGUGGUGGAGGAAGUGGUGGUGGCGGCGGUGGAGCUGCACCGAUGUGGAGGUGGUUCAACAUCAAAGGAGCUGGUGGAGCGUUAGGUGGUGAAAGUGUCGGUGGUGGUGCAAGCAGUGCUCAUGGAGCAGGAGGAUAUAGUGAUGGUGGUGGCGGCAGUGAAGGUAGAGAUGGUGGUGGUGCAGUGACUACUGGUGAAGAACAUGGUCAUGCAUUUGGUGCAGGUGAAGAAGCAGGAAGUGGUUGCGGAUACGAUAUUAGUGGAGUGGAAAGUGGUGGAUAUGGUGGUGGAGGCGGCCACGAAGGUGGUAGUGCAGGUGAUUCAGCAUCAGGCGGCGCUGGAGAAGCAUCAGGUGUAGGAUACAUAGGCGGUGAAGGUGCUGGUGGUGGUGCAGAAGAAGCUCAUAGAGCAGGAGGAUAUGGUGACGGCGGUGGAGGUAGAGCCGAUGGUGGAGGAGCCUUUGCCGGAGGUGGACAUGUAGGUGGUUAUGGUGGUGGUGAAGGAACAGGAAGUAGUGGCAGAUACAGUACUAAUGGAGCGCAAAGUGGUGGAUAUGGUGGUGGAGGUGGCUACGGAGGUGGUAGUGGAGGUGCUUCAAUAUCAGGCGGAGCUGGAGGAGCAUCAGGUGGAGGAUACGGAGGUGGUGAAGGUGCCGGUGGUAGCGUAGGAGGAGCUCAUGGAGCAGGAGGAUACAGUGGCGGCGGUGAGGGUAGAGCCGAUAGUGGAGGAGCCUUUGCCAGUGGUGGACAUAUAAGUGGAUAUGGUGGUGGUGAAGGAGCAGGAAGUGGUGGCAGAUACAAUAUUGGUGGAGCGUAA